AGUUGACGCGCACUUCUGCACAGAGAAAUCCUCCGCGCCCGCACCGCAACACAAUAGAAAAUGUGUGGCCGUUUGCCCUUUUUGAAUGGACCACCACCAGACUUUUGGUAGAUCUUCGCACACACAUACAAAGCUACAUAUACACUCCAUAGACGCACAGUUGUUAUUCCUAUUGUUGCUAUUCCUUUUUUUUCCCCCUUUCACUCCGUUCGUAGCACCCUUGAUCCUUCUUUGACAAUAAGUGUUUUUGCAGUAAGGUGAGAUACCUCCAUUUUCGUUGAUCCGCUGUCUACCGGCUGCUCGUUGCUUAUGGGAUCACUCCUCAAGGAUGUCCUUCUCCGUCACCAGCAGUGGGAAGAGGAGGUGGAGAGACAAAGAAAUGUCUCCAACGUACAGGAGACACGAACAGCUCCUACAGGAAACGAUGCCGUACCCAAGAUCCAAAGCUCCUUGUCGAACCUGUCAGAUAGUGACGCUGCUGUCUCCACGGACCUCGCUCAUCACGGUGAAGGAACGAAGAAUCGAACCCGCCACCGCACGCGGCCCCCCGGUUUGCGUGCGUCGGUCGCCGAGGUGAACGUCAGAGACGACGGUGCUUCUCGUGUGCCCGCAACGGCCUCACCCGCCACAACAGGGGCAGCAGCAGUAGGCUCAGCAACCUCCUUCACAGCCGCAGCGUCGCAGAGCUCUAGUGCGUCCAUCACCGUCUCACCCUCUCCAUCACUCUCCGCCAGCCUUGCUCUGCCCUUCACCCCUUAUCCCGUGCAACAGGAGAUGUGCGCCACAGUUGCGAAUGUGUUGAAAUCCUGCAAGCCGCACGUCGUCCCUGUCGCGAUUACGGAGGUGCCAACGGGGUGCGGCAAGACCAUGGCACUGCUGUCCGGCGUGCUGCGGUAUCAGCAGGAAUUGAAGCGCAUGACCCCGGGGGAGGCGGCCACCUUUGUGCACGCCCGCAGGCCGCCGUGGCAGCACGCGGCACAGACCCAGAAGAGCAAGAAAAGGGGCGGCAGCAGCGGCAACAAAAACUCCUCGAGAGGCAAAGGACGGGCGGCAACCGAUGGACACGCAGCGACGUCUGUGGCCGGGAACGAUGCUGGUGGCGACGACAGCGACUCCGACAACACCGAAGAUGGGGCCGAUGCCGGUUGGACCGUUCCGCGUUCCUUCUUCAAGCAGUUCUCUGUCAACUCUCAGCGGAAGAUCCGCGCAGAGCUGGACGUAACCGGCUCGCAGGAGCUGCGCCGACGCUUUCUCCCGCCGCCGUGCACGGUUUACUACGUCACCCGCACGCAUGCGCAGCUGCGACAGGCGGUGCGGGAGCUGCGUCACCUGCACGGCGCCUCCGGUGCAAUCCGCAUGAACAUUCUCGGCAGUCGUGAGCACUACUGCAUUCAUCCUAAGGUGCUCCAGGCAAAGGCAAACCACACCCUCCCCGUCGAAGGCAACAACCUUGGCGAAGUCUGCGACAAGCUGGUGUCGAUGGGCCUGUGCGAGAUGGCGGAGAAGUGCGACGAGCUGUCCUGCAGCGCCAUUGGCGGCGCUAUCGGCCACCAGCGCGGACUGAUCUGGGACAUGGAGGACCUCGUUCUGGAGGGCGCUGCGCGGAAUAUGUGCCCCUACUACGCCGCGCGUGACUUGGUGUUCUUUGCGGACAUCAACUUCUGCACGUAUCCAUACCUGCUAGAUCCGCUGAUUCGCCAUGAAACGAAAAUGGAAGCCGCGCUGAAGAACAACGCCAUCGUUGUCUUUGACGAGGCACACAACGUGCCGGCCGUGUGUCAAGAUGCGCUGUCGCUGGAGUGUCCGCGUGGUGUACUGGACUUGAUUCUCUCAGAACUGGGGCCUCUCCUGUCAAAUAGCCAUGCCCUUGCUCACCCGGCAGCGACGCCGACUUUAGGGUCGGGCGCAAGUCACAGUGAGGGCGUUGCAACGCUGCAGUACCCGCGCGAGCUGCACCUCGGCUCCUACACGUUGGUGGAAAUCUUCUCCUUUCUCCACACCCUUUUCCAGUCCAUCAGCGCUUUCGUGGACAAGGUGGCAGGCGCUGAGCGUGCCGGUGCCGCCGCGUAUGCGACAACCAGUUCGGUCAGUCACCGUGGCGAAAAGCGUCCUCGGGACACGGGCAGAGAAGGAGGGGCGGAUGCAGCGUACAUCCAAGGGGCGGUGUUGGAGCAUCACCUGCGCAGCGACAUGGAAGCCUUUAUGCGUACGCUGAACCGACAAGCGGACGCGCGUGGUGGAUCGCCUGCGCUGAGUUCUCUAGACCUUUUCCAGCGCUCCUACGGCGUGAUCAUGUCCCUCGGUGUCACCUUCAACCCUUUUCUUUUUUCCGUAUUCGGUCUCUCGAUGCUGAAACGGUGGCUGCUGCUGCUGCGAUUUUUCCUUCCAAAGUCGUGCGGCUUUGUGCUGAAGGUGCGGAGCGACUCGCCGGCGGAAGGGGCUGCACCGGCCGCGACCUCAACGACAGCACAUCGGGAAGAGACGACAGAUAGGAGAGGCGGCGAUGACCGAUCUGGCUCCGCGCGCUGCUCGCUUCCGGUGUCCGGAGGCACCUCUGGCGCGUCUCGUACCGUCGUCGAAGUCCGCUGCCUCGACGGAAGCCUUGCGUUUCACCACCUCCUGCGAUCGGUGCACCGCGUCGUGCUCGCGUCUGGCACUCUGGCCCCUUUUACUCAGCUCACACAAGAUUUAGGACUCACACCUUCACAGUGGCGGGGGCUUGAAGGGCUGCACGUUGUGCCCGACUCGCAGCACAGGCUCACCGCGCUUACCUGUCUCCCGUCCUCUGCCACCUCGAGCGCCACCGUGCCAUUGCGGUGCACUUACGCCUCGCUGUCAGACCCGUCCUUUCUAAAAAUUGUAGCACGCUGUGUGGUGCAGCUGGCACUCACGGUGCAGCGGAGCAGCAGCAACGGUGGUGGAGUUCUUUUCUUCGUUCCCAACUACGCGGUGCUGCACAGCCUCGCCAAGAUCACGCGAGAGCUGCUCCAUAUCUCUGCCCAGGAGCGUGGCUGGCAGUCCGACGCACCGCCCAUCCCGCUGUUUCUCGAGCCGCGCACGGCAGAGGCGCUUACACAGGUUUUGCGUGAAUUUGAGUGCCGCACGCAGGGCCCUUGCGGAGGAACAGCACUCCUCUUCUCCGUCUACCGCGGAAAGGUGAGCGAAGGCAUCGACUUCACCGAUAACAUGGCGCGACUCGUCAUCUGCCUUGGUGUCCCGCUACAGCCGCUCAAGUCAUGGAAAGUGGCCGCGCAGCGUGUGUUCAGCGGCCCUGCGUGGUACACGUCGGAUGCCGUGCGGGCAGUCAAUCAGGCGCUGGGCCGUUGCCUGCGGCACGCUCGCGAUUACGGCGCGGUGGUGCUGCUGGACGAGCGUUACGCGCAGGCAGAGUAUCAGCAGCGGCUGUCCCGGUGGUGCCGCGCCACGUUACAGACGGAAUCGUCGCUGGCAAACCUCUGCCACGAGUUGCAGGGAGCGUUUACGCAAUGGCGUUGGGAACUGGAGACGCCGUUGCUGAUGCCGAGCGCCGCAGGUGUUGCGGAGGGUGGCCCGAAAGGAGCCGAGGUUGGCGAGGACGGGAUAGAGCUGGGCGACACAGCCUCAGCAUCCGCCGCGUCUUCUUCUGCGCUCGCCUCGGCGCGUGGCUUGGAGCUGGAUGCACAGCUGACCCAAUCGCAGGCGCGAGGAGGUGAUGGCGCGAGAGUGCGUCUCGGAACCGAUCAGCUGCCGUUUCAGCUUGUGCGACGCACUGCGCAGCAUUGCAGGCACCACGCAACAGAGAACGCUACGCCGUAUAGCGCAAACGACGUUCAUGCAGACCGCUUCGGCAACGGUAGCACUACGAUUGACUCAAAAGCGGCAGGUGCGGUAAGGACAGAAGCGGUGGCCGGUGAGGGACUUCUUCAUUCACCUUUUGCGUGCACAGCCGUUAAACUGCUUUACGAGACGGCCUGCUCCACAGGCGAUGUCUCGAGGCGGGACCUGCACGCCGCCAUCGCCCUUCUUGCGGAGAGUUUUCUGGUCGACGACGUGGAGAGCAGUAGUCAGGAGUGA